UUGAGAUCCACCCAAGGAAGGUCAAGAUCUUGACACUGGAAGCCAGCCCCUAGAGUGGCAUCAUUGUUCUGCCUCCUAGUGGCCUAUAAAAGUAUCUCUUUACGCAAAGCUUCGGCUACCGGGCUGCACAGAUACCGCGAAUUCUAAGGGGCGAAGCCUCCGUGGGGGCGGGGCUUAGCGUGACAUUUUGCGACUUUGGUUCCGCCGGCGUCACUUGCAAUAUCAUUGGCGCAAAUCCGUCCGUGUGAGGAGCCUGGGAUUCCACCGCCUGAGGCCAAGCCCUGCGCCGCGUGCUGCGCCACCAGAACCUGGACAGAGGGUCUCCCGGGAGGCGCCCCCAGAACUCCCGGGCACUCACUCUGCGUCGCGCCGUACCGCGCCCCGCCGCGCCCAGCCGCCUCACCUGUCGUCGAGACCUGUCACUGCGUGCAGGACCCAGCCCCUCACGCCCUCCGCCAGGCCCCGGCAGCGCCACCCGCAGCGCCGUCCAGGUCAUGGGCAGCCGGCCCCGCAGCCCCAGCGCCUACCCUGCGCCCUGUCCCGGGCCGCCGUCCGGAGGACCCGGCCCCGCCAAGCGCAGCCGAACCGAGGAGCUUGCAGGCCUGGAAGGCCUGGAGGGGCCCCCGGCCGCCGGCGCCCUCACCUCCGUGGUGGUUCUGGCCGAGGGCUGUGCCCUGCAAGUGCCCCUGGACGACGUCGACCUGGUGCUGGAGCCCGAGCCAACGUCGGUCCUGCAAGUGUCUGUCGGAGAGCUCACCCUGCUGCUGGUCCCCGAGGCCCUCCUGCGCUCAGGAGAGCAGGGCCACUCGCUUGUCGGCCUGGAACCCGGCGCUUUCCUGGGCGCGCCCGGGCACGACGUCCCCGUCGAGCAAGGAUUCUUCCGCGCAUCUGUCCCACAGAUGGCCCCCCAAGAAGAGGCCUAUGAGGAAGACGCGGACCCCGCGUUCCUGUCGCCUCGGAUAGACCCUGCAGCCGGCUCCGUCGCUGGGCUCCGCCUCUGCGCGGGAAGCGUGGCCAACCCCUACCCUGUGGGCCAGGUACCAGAGCCCCGGUCUUGGGCCCCCACUCCUAGUCCAGAGAGACGCUCUUCUUUCCGCUACUUCAACCUGGACGUCCACCUUCUGGAGCCCUUCCCCAACUCGCCACUCCAACCUCUACCUCCCUCUCCGAGUCCAGGUCCCCACGCGCGCCCCCAGCGCCCUCCGGGUCCUUCUCGCAAGGCCCGGAGACGCCUGUUCCAGGAAUGAACUGAACCAACAACCCCUAGCCACCUGGUAGAGACCUUAAAAGAGUCUUUUAAGAGCGCUGUGUGUACUUUGCACAACCUGCAAGAAUCACCAAGCAUGAAUAAUGGACAGAUGCUCUUUUGAUGGAAGCUGCAUUGCAAAAUUGUGGAUCAAUGGUGGUGGAACAAAACACCUGGAAGGAAGUCACAGAAGCAAAGAAAUGCUGUUUUACGUACAGUGUACUUUUAGACAUCUGACAUGCUGCUUAGGUUGUUUUCUCUAUAAAGGUUGCCCUUAAGUAGCUGCAUUCUCCCUAGUUUUGCUUCAAACCUCAACUUCAGCACUUUUUCUAAAAACCCAUCCUUUCCACAGCACUCUACCACAGCACCUCUUCUUUCCAAGCUAGAGUAAUUACUUUUGUUUUGUUUUGGUUUUUGCCUAAUGUAUUUUGGCCCUAGUGUGCAUGCUAGUUUAUGACAACUUUGCCAUUUUGAUUUCUCAGUGGCUGUAGACGCUUUUGGAGAAUCUAACAAAUAGGUGUAUGUGGACAAAUGUUUGUUGGCUACAAACACACAGAAUGAGGAGCGAUGAUAUGUGCCCUCCUUUUUUUAAUGAGAAGGCUAUCAAAUGGUUUAACUCUAUUGCUAGGUUGGGGGGGGGGGUUCCCCAAAGGAACCAACUCUUUUCCAUUCUUCCUAUAUAUUUUUCAUAUAAUUCUCCUGUGCUGGAAAAGUUUAAGGACUAUAAACUUUGUGUUGAUAGUUCUAAGAUCCUGAAUAUAUUUUGUACGUUAUUCCUGGCAUAUAGAAAUAAUUUGUUAUGUUGAUCUGGUAUCCAGAAAAAUGAUUUCAUUUCUUUAAUGGCCUAUCUAUAGAUGUUUUACUUAACUAAUAAAGACAAUAAUAUCUCCAAAACAAUGAGAAUAUUAUCUCUUUUUUUGACAAGUCUCUUACAUGUUAUUUUUCCUUAAUUUUUUUAUUAGAUGUUACUCCAAGUCCAGGUUGAAUAGUGUCGUUGAUGGGGGCAUCCCUAUCUUGCCCCUUGUAUUGAUGCAAGUGCUUCUAAAUUUUACCAUAAAGCAUGAUUUUUUUUUUCUUGGGAAUAGUUGGUAGAUAACCCUUAUCCUGUUGAAGACG